AUGCGACGGGCCGCGUCAGACGACUGGAGAGACAUUGAGGAACGAGACGGUGGAGGCAUUUUCAACGCUGAGAGACGGGGUGAUCCCUCUGAUACUGAUGAUAUUUUCGCUGCUGUCAAAGGAGCCGCGGUCAAGAGAGAACGGUGGGAGGCGAUCGCAAAGGGCGAGAAGACGUUCGUUUCCGUGUUUGAAUUGGAAAGGAAAAUGCUCAUCAUGCCCCGCAUCGUGCACGAGCCAGGCGUGUCGAAACCCACCAAUGGUAGGAUUCUUGGCAAACAGCUCUUUGAUGAUGAAUGCUCGUCGUCGGCAGUGCUUAGCUUCCCAUUAUUUCUGCUUAAAAUCCUCCUACACUACGAUAUCGCGGAUGUAGGAUGGAUUGGAAUUGACCAAUCGUUGUGGCCACCACGGACGGUCGUUGACCAUCCCCAUCCCCUCUUCGUCACACCUCCUUCUCCAUCUAGGCUAUUCAGGAUAUCCCCACCCCUCACCGUCGCCGCCCCCUUCGUCCAAAUAAUCACCGACUUCAGAAACCCGACCAACGUCGGCUUCUACAACCAUGUCCUCGACACUCUCGUCUCUAACAACAGACCAGUGCCGGGACUUAUCAUCCAAGGACUUGAAGGGUUGACGCAUGAUGGCCGCGGUGAUUCACUGGGCACUGUAAGCUAG